AUGCAUUCUAAAAUUAGGGAUAAAAGGAGACCACUCACUGAACGAGAGCUGCAAGAGAUCGUCGACAAUUUCUCUGAUUUCGAUGAGAAUAUAGUAGACUUUGCAGAUGAAAGCGAACUAGAAGAAGAAGUUAUUCAUAAAUCUGAGCAACCUGCCGUUGAGGACUCGGACUAUACACACGAAUUGGAGAAUCAAGCAGAUGAGUUCUUUUAUAUGUACAUUGGAAAGGACGAAGAGAAUGUUUGGAAAAGCACUCCUGUGAGUUUUACCAGUAAAACUAGGUCUAAAAAUAUAAUCAAGAUAUUACCAGGUUCAAAAGUAGCUGCGAAAACUGUGUCAAAUCAUUUAGAGUCUAUUUAUAUAUUUAUUUCCAAUGAGAUGAUUGACAAUAUCAUAACAUGCACAAAUUUAUAUAUAGAAAAUAAAAAACAAAAUAUUGCAAGAGAUAGAGAUUGCAACAUAACUUCGUCCACGGAGAUCCAGGCAUUAUUCGGCGCGUUAUAA